AAUGUCCAUUAUCAUGGGGUUUAAGGUGCCUUGCCAUAAAAAAAAACCCCUGAUACUGUAGGCAAAUUGAUGCCUACAUCUUCCCAUUUUAUAAGGUCUAUAUUAAAACUGUGCAAUUAUUGAGUUUUGAAUUUAAAGCGGGAAUUUCAUAUUUUCUAAGAAAGUCAAAACAUAAUUAUUUCUAUGUCUUUUGCUCAAUAGGUUAUCAACUCACUAUUAUACGACCAUGGGCAUUAUUUCCCACAGAAAAUAAUAACACAAUUACCUCCCUUGUUUUCCUAUUGCCUCCAUGCAUUAGCUACCUUCAAACGUUGGAAUUUGAAGUUGAAAAUGAUAUUUUUGCCAAUUUCUCAGCUGACAAUAGUGAAUUAUAGGAUUAAUAGGAUUAUUCUGUAACAAGGUAGGACGGUUUAUGGAUACCAUCUAUUUUAAGGCUUUAUUUUAAUGAAUUUUAAAAAUAUAACUUAAAAAUAUGAAAUUGUAGCUUUAAGCAAUAUAUGAUAUAUUUCUAUUUUAGUAUCUGAUGAAAUUUAUGAAUAAUGGUGAAAAUGGUAUUAGAAAAAAACUUUUACUUGCUCAAGCUGAGGAUGUGUUGUUAAAGUUACAGUUAUAUACUCUGUCAACCAGACAUCUAAUUGCAUUAUAUAUCACACUAACACAGAAGACAGAUCAGCCUGACUACAUAAAGAUAGAACCAGCAAUGUCUGCUCUCUUAUAUAAGAUAUCCUCUAAUCUGGAGUCAAAAAAUAAAUGCUUUAGUGGCCAUGUUCUUGUAAAUUGGUUGAUUCAUCACAAAUCAUUAAUACAGAAAAUAGAUCCAGUGUACAAUGAUGGGCCAUUUUAUAGGGAGAAAGCUGUUGAUUUCUGUCAGAAAUUAUUAAACUUACAAAUUCUUAUAGAUGUUGAUGUAGAUAUAGAAGAUAGAAGUAUAACACCAAGUAUUUGUUCACUCGAAGGUGUUCACUAUCCGGGUGUGACAAUAUUUUCACAAUAUCAACAUUCAUCGUCAGAUUUCUUAACUGAAGAGGAUGAGAAUGAGGACUCUGAUACCCCCAUUCCUUCACCUGCCAAGUCUCCAGUAUCACCAGCUGAUAGUAAUACCCCCAUUGGUUAUAGCGAUACAAAUUUCUAUGUUGAUGUAGAGAUUAAUCCUGUUCAGUCACUUAGCAAACUACCAGAAAUUGUCUUUGAUAAAAACAUCAAUGACUUUACAGUGACUAAGCAUUCAACAAAAGCUGGUAAAAUAGAGUCAACAGUUUCUACAGACAAUUCUGCAACCAAAGAAGAUUUAAGUAUAUCUUUCAGUAGUAUUGAGAAAUCUGGAGAAAAAUGUCAACCCAUUGUAGAUGCAUAUUAUCAUGAAUUUACAAACAGAUGUGAUAAAAUAAAAAACCCAAAAGUUGUUCCAAGUACUGAAAGUUCUUCAAGACAUACGAUAAAACUUCCAUUGCUGCAUUCUCGUAAUGAAAGUGAGUGUAGUUCACAGCGAACAUCUUUUACAUCAACGUCUUCAACUGGUAGAGUUGUUCAGUUCUGUGAUAAAAAGAACCAAUUCUAUCGUGUAGCAGAGGCAUAUGUUUAUGGUAAUCACCAUUUUUCCAUGAUAGAUCCUAAUGUGUUUGGUGAUAGUUUUAAAGGUAAAAUAGACCUGUCAGAAACUCUCAGUUUAGCUGAGCGUUGUUUUCUGAGAAAGAUAUCACCUGUUACCUUACUGUCUAUAUUAUAUAUUAGAAGAAAACAAGAUACAUUAGCUAAAAGCGUAAUAAAACAAUUGCCAGAACAUAUUGUGGAUGAGAUUAAAAACUAUCUUGAUAUACCUUCGAAUUCUUGUAUAAGUAGUUAAAUAUAUAUAAGGCCCUCAAAGUUACUUACAUUGACAGAUUUCAACUUUUCUAAAUGAACAAUUAUUUGACAAUAGAUUUCAGUGCUGUCUAAUUUCUAUGUCUGUCCUAAAAUAUUGUCUACAUAUAUCUGUUAAGUUAAUUGAUGUCAUCAAACGAUUUCAUCCUUGUAGAUGGUGCCCACAAAACAUGUAGUUACUUUCCUGAGGAGAGUCUGACUUGUUCAGUUGUAAAUUUAACCUACCUUCCAAUUGGGACCAAGAAACAUUGAAUUUCAGUAAAAAAUUGUGGAGUGUUUAAACUUUCAGCCACACAAAUGCAAUAGAUUUGUAUAUUUUAAGUUUAUAUACACCCACCAGUUGUUACCAUUGGUCAUUCCUAUCGAAAUUGUGUAAUUGCUCAGAAUUUUGGUUUUUAAUGAACAUGCUGGGAUUGUAUAACUAUCCAUAAGGAUGAACCCUAUCAAAAAUUAUACUGAUGCAGCGUUUAUGAGCGCAUUGAUUGCUUUUAUCAUCAAUAGCUUGUAAUCGCUCUAGAGGUCAUAUUUUAUAUUUAUGUCCUGUUGUUUCUAUCUGUGGUAGAUAAUAACUUGUACAACUUUAUGAUGCUAUUAUUUAUUCUUUAUACCGGUAUAUGUGUAUUAUCAGUUCUGUGAUUUUUUUUGAUAACUAAUCUCUUUUAAACAAUUGAAGUUUUUGUUCCAUGUUUUAAAUUUAUUAAAUUAAUUACAAAUAUUAUUUAUUUACAUAUCGUACAUGAUUUUUAUGUAUUUUAUAGCAAUAAUAUAGUCUACAUAGUAAACCUUAUAAUUGACUAAGUAAUUGCUAAGAUACAGAGUGAAUAAUCAAUUUUCAAAUUGCUGUAUACACUUCCACGUGUCAUAGUUAUGAAGACAUAAUUUACUGACAGCUUGAUUACGACAUGUUAAGGCUGACCUCAUUGUAUCAUACAUUGGGGGUUAAUUUGAGUCGUCUACUUUCUUAAUGAUUUAGCUUGCUUAAACUAUUUAAGAAUAGAAAACUAUAGCUUAACUGUCAUCAGUUUAAGUGGCAACAUUGUUGGUGCAGUUUCAUUGUUUUGAGUACCCUGUUCUUAAGUUUGAUACUUAGGAAAUGAUUCAAAGCACUUAAGAGAUGGCCGAGGUUUUGUGAUGGCUAUAAGUAUAAGUGGCUUUGAUUUCUGGUUAUAUUUUGUCUUGUAAAGCUGUAUUCCUUUGAUAUUUUUACGAAUGAUGAUAAUUACUUUUUGAGUUGAGAUAAUUAAAUAACCUAAUUAAAUAAUCUAACUUUGUACAUUAUGAUAGAUUUAAGGUCUGUUCUAGCAACACUAGUGAUAUUGAAAAUUGAAUUAUAGACAAUCUAAAAGGGUUUAAAGAAGCUGGUUAUCACCAAUUUGUCACCUUGAAUCCCAUAACUAUGGUGAUAUUAGUGAUAAUUAUUCAGGAGAAAGUAGCAUAGCUUGUGUAUCAAGGGAAUACAGCUUAUUUAUUAAACAAGCAUUUUUUAGAAAAUUUAAUUUUAUAUGUUUUAAUUUUGAUUUUUUUUUUUUUUAUAAUAAACAUUUAUGAGCAUAUUGAUCAGUAAAUCAAAUAUCAAUCAUUCAAAUCAACACAAAAUUUGUUUCCUGCUAAUAAUAGUUUAGAUAUAAAGUAGCAUUAUUAUUUCUGUGGAUUCUUUUAUUCUUCAUAUAAUAUAAUAGAUGUUUUCAAUGGUGAUUUGAUGAUGUCCAGACGUUUUGAUUCUUUUAUGUCCAAGGUAAAGAAUUCUAAAUAAAAGGUGUUGAAAAGUGAAAAGAUUGUUUUGUCUGUAGGAAUUUGAUAGCAUAAAUAAUUAAUAAUGACUUGAUUCAUAUGGCGUAAGUACAUCUUAGAUAUAUUGUGGUGCUUGAUUAUUGAGUGCUUUGAAAGUAAGUAGUAGAAUUAAUAUCUGAAUCGUUUCCAAACUGAUUAUCAUUAAUUAAUUUUUAGAGACAUACUAUGCUACAUUAUAUUAAUAUACUUAUAUUGACCAAGAACAAAACACAUUUUGGUAAAUAUGUGAAAUAUGUUUUGCAAUUGUCCCCCGCCUUUCAAAGAAAGCAGGGGACUAUUAAAAUGGGUUCAUCCGUCCAUCUGUCUGUCCUUCUAAUUGAGCUAGAAUGUUUAAAUUUGGUGUAGGUGUUUAUUAGGUCGAUGCCUUCAUGCCUUGAUAGAGUUCGAAGAUGAGCGUUUACUGCUUAGGGUAAGCAGAGAUAAGCAAUUUGAUUGGUUGAUGCUUUGGGACGAUAUAACUUUAGUUCUAAUUAAGUGAGAGUGAUCAAACUUGGUGUAUAGUUUCAUUACAUCAGUACCUUGACUAAGUUUGAUAAUGAACAUUUUCUGCUCAGUGUAAGCAGAGGGAUAAGAAAUUUUAUUGGUCAAGACUUUGAAACACAAUAACUCUCCUUCUAAUUGAGGUAGAAGAAUGUUCAAACUUGGUGUAGGCGUUCAUUAGGUGAAUGCUGUGAUGGAGUGCGAUGAUGAACAUUGUCUGCUUACUGUAAACAGAGAUAAGCAAUUUGAUUGGUUGAUGUUUUUGGGUACGAUAACUUUGAUUAUACUUUAGUGAGAGCGUAGGUGUUUAUUAGGUCAAUGCUUUGAUGGAGUUUGAACAUGAGCGUUUUCUGCUCAGGGUAAGCAGAGAUAAGCAAUUUGAUUGGUUAAUUCUUUGGGACACGAAAACUUUAGUUCUAAUUAAGUGAGAGUGAUGAAACUUGAUGUAUAGUUUCAUCACAUCAAUAACUUGACUAAGUUUGAUAAUGAACAUGUUCUGCUGAGGGUAAGCAGAUCGAUAAGCAAUUUGAUUGGUUGAGACUUUGAAACACAAUAACUCUCCUUCUAAUUGAGGUAGAAGAAUGUUCAAACUUGGUGUAGGCUUCAUUAGGUGAAUGCUGUGAUGGGGCUUGUUCUUGCUUAAUUUAGAUUUUGUGAUAAGUGUUGUCAUUCAUUCUUGUGUUCACUUUUGCAUUUCCCUAUUAAUGUGAACAUGAAAUUUGUUUUAAUUGCUUUCAGUCUGAGCCAUCAUUCAAAAUAUUGUAUUUCACCAAAACAUGAUUUUCUGCAUUCUGCACAGAACUUAAUGGGUUCAGUCAUGGACCUUAUAAUACAUUGUCCAUGGUUCAGUCUAGCUCGAUCAUCCCAUCACCUUUAUCAUUCCCAGAAUAGCAGAGCAACCUUCUGGAAUUGUGACCAAAACAGUCUCAGUUUAACACUGUGGCCCCUCUAUUACAUUCUCAGUUUUCAACAAAGGGGGUAACACUAGAAAGGAAAGUCUCCGAAUACCAAUAAUCAAUAUUCUUGGCAGACAGAUGGAUGAACUGAGAAUGGAAAGGUUUCAUGCUCUCAUAUUCCCAAUUCAAGUAUCACAUUAGAAAAAUAAGAUGUGCGGAAACUGAAGGUGAGGUUUAAAAGCAAAAGUACAUAAUAAUUUAGUAUUUUGAAAAAUUUGUAACUAAUUUUGAAGGUUAUCCCAGACAUUAUUAGAACAAGCUUUGAAAUAGUGAGAUUAAUAUUAAAUGGGGACAACUUGGCCGAUUAUAAUAUAUUCGCCUAGUGUUUCCGCUUCCUUCCUUCGGGCGAUUGUAGAUUUUAUUAGCCAAUCUCCACUGAUGUCAAGAAGUCAUUGUUUGAAGACACGGUCUCUGCCUUGUUUAAUCAUGUGAGAUGCAAUCGUCUAGUGUGUCCACUGCUUUAUUGUCUAGGGUAGGAACCACAGGGAGAUGAGGUUAGUGGUAUAAGUUCACUAUGGGUGUUUGCCAUUUAGCAUCCACUUGCAAUAAAAUGUAAGAUUAUAUUGUAAAUAACAAUUAUUUAGUUCUAUAAUCAAGCAUGAAAAUUUUAUAUGCUGUUAAAACAGUGACAACAUUUGAAGUUAAAUAAGUGGGUCAAUUAGUUACAAAUUUUUCAAAAUAUUAAUUAUUAUCAAGUAUUUUUGCUUUUAAACCUGACCUUUGUCAGUUUCAGCACAUCUUCUUUUCUCUAAAUUUAUCCAGUUAUUAACCACAAUACACAAAAAAUAAAACCUGAUAUAGAUUAUUUUUUAUGGGAGCCUAAUAUACUGUGUACUAAUCAAGUAUAUUAUAUUUUCCUCCAAUAUAUUUUUAUAUAAUUGUUGUAUGUAUUAAUAUUUAUUAUUGUUAUUUAUUUAAAAAAAAAAAAAAUGAGUAUGAAUAAAAAACUUUU